AUGGAACUCAAGGCACAGUGCAACAAUGUCGUCGAGCCCUCUGGAGCACGCCCCGUCCAGACCUGUUCGGUCCCCACGCGGCCACGACACAAAUAUAAGAAUAUGCUUCAUCUCUGGGAGUUUUUGUUAGAGCUUCUAGCUGAUGAGAGGUGCAAGUCCAUUAUAUGCUGGAGAAGGGAGGAGGAAGGAGAGUUUCAGCUCUUGAAUCAGCACGAAGUAGCAAAAAGAUGGGGAAUGUUCAAACAGAGGGGUGGAAUGGACUACGGGAAGCUAAGUCGAGCCUUGAGAUUGUACUAUCGCGAAGGAAUUAUCACCAAGGUAAUCUUUGAUAUUCUAAUAGCGUUUUGAUACAUCUUGAAGGGCUAUGCUCCUAGCUAACGUGCGUUCCUUUCUUUUUGUCGUCAACGCCACUGUAGCAAAAAUAAACAAAAUUGAUUAAAAUUUUUUAAUCAAUGGAUCAUGCUGGAUUUGACAAAGACCGCCGCACCGCUAUUGGUUAGAACAAUGCACGUUCAAUCAUCUACCACAGAAAAAUUGUAACCAUUCAGAUGAACUGAAAUAAAUACAGAGUAGGACUCUUCUCUGAAGCUGUUUAUUAUGCCGUCAAGGAACGAGAGUUUGUAGAUAAAAUCCUAUGGGAUUAAAAUCCAAAUGAAUGGUUUUAGUAGUUUUUUCUACUUUUCCUCUCUGUUGAGUUGUUUAGCUGUACAAGGCAGUUCUAACUUUUUUGUCUGUGAAUGAUACCCUUAAGUGUUACCAAUCAAAUGAAAGCUACUGAGCAGUGCUUUUCUGUGAUGCUGUUUUUAUGCUGUACAAGGUGUUUAUAAAUUUGAUUCUGUUAACGUUAGCCUUAAAUGUGACCACUGAAAUGAACGCUACUGUUUCAAACAGUUCCACCUUAGCCUUAUUUUGAAAGUUUCAAUUAUGCUGUACUACGCAUUACUGUCUUAAAAGUGUGUUUUUGUGUGUUGUUUCACUGUUUCUUUAGUGGACAGGUGCAAACCAGUGCUUUAAAAGACCACGCCGUACAAAUUGUUAUUAUUAGUCUUUGUUCUGUGUUCAGAAAAAAUUGUUGAACGUUAUAUAUAAGUUCCUUACUAAAGGUACAUAUACCGUGAGACAAAUGACAAGAGAAGCUUUGAUAUCCAUUAAAAGGAUGGCUUGCCUAUUAUUUACUUAUUUAUUUGAUAUAUAUUUAUUUUAUUCAAACAGGUGAAAGGCCAAAGACUGGUUUAUAAAUUUCGAAACCUCCCUUACAAGUAUGAACCAGGAAUUACAAGAUCCGUUUACCGCGAUCGGUUUCAAACUAUAAACACAAGUCCUUGUGACCAAGAGCUAGGAAAAAUCAAAGAUUUAUUGCCCUUUAAGUUGAAUUCCUCUCCUCCAGUUUCAAGAGCAUUUUUCUCUUCUAGUCUACCUCCCAGGGGAUCCUCGCCCUGGACAGCUUCUCCCAGGGCAUCUUCAGAAGGAUUUACAUGCCUGGAUGUAGAGCUUUUCAUCCCAUCAAUCCUUUGUUCCAAGACUAGAGUUUACUUUCCUGUGAGAGAAGGACACAACUACGCCACAGAAUGGUGA